UUUGCAAGUCAUUAAGCGAUUGUUUCUGGGAAAUGCCAUUAUUAUAAUCAAAUGUUUGUGCAUUUUCAGUUUCUGGUAAAACAAUUUUUUGACUAUGGAUACAAUAGAGAAGGCCUCGCGACGCGUAAAGCAAGUUAUCGACAACGAGCUGGGAGAUUUGUUGAAGUGGGCUGGAAGCCAGACUCCCCAAGAAAAUGAAUACACUCUUUCGACUUGGGUACCCAGACACCUGAGAGGGCUUCUGAAGUUUGUCAAUGAUUUACGCUUGGGUGAAGGCAAAGGUCAGAAUGGGCGACGCAUGCAGGAAGAAAUCUCCAAAAUUGACAAGGCCAUUGCCAAAGGAUUAUCGCCUUAUGACCGCAAGAAAUACAUUGCAAAAGUGACCUAUAUGAGGAUACUGGGAGUGGAAGUACCGAUUGGAUAUCAAGAAGGACUGAGAUUAAUGGCAUCGGACAGCCUGUGGGACAAGCAAAUCGGCUAUUUGUAUGUGUCGCUCGUAUUUGAUAACAAACCGGACAUUCAGCGUCUCGUCGUACAGUGCCUGCAGAAUGAUCUACAGCAGCAAGCCUUAUCGCAUCCCUACGUGCACCAAUUAGCGCUGAACCUAACCGCCCAUUUUCAAAAUCCUGAAAUUUCCCAUCAUAUCUCCCACACUCUGGACAAGUUCCUGUGCUGCAACGACAGCAUAAGCGGGACACAACAAAGUGCUGCUUUGUGCCAAGAUGUCAUUGUAACGAUUGACCCUGAUUCUGUUACGAACGGCAAAUGGUUUCAGCAAGUGUUUUCCUGGUUGGAGUCUGGGAGUUGUGACACUGCUUCAACUGUGCUGUCACUAGUUAAAACGUUGAUCACCACCAAGCGGAAUGAAUUCGGCGUUUGUAUUCCGCAGCUGUUGAUCUAUUUCCAAGACACUGUAAAAAAGCUGCAGUACAGCGCAACGAAUACGUCAUACUAUAAUUCACGUGUUAGUCCACAAGGAUUCGUCGAGCUAUUUGAAAUCUUUGGCAGUGUACCACUGAACAACGCAGAAGAGUCUACUCUAACGGAGUGUAUUAAACAGCUGCUGUUGUAUGUCGCGGCUGUACGCGAUCCACCGCGAUUCAAAAAGGUCACCGAUGAGCUGGAAACCGGUUUUACUGAAAGUCCCAUGUUUGGCCAAAGUUAUGAAUGGUUGAAGAAAGCUUCGUCCUACCGACAGGAGACAGUUGUGUUUGCAGCGCUGCGUCUUGUGUUUAAGCGACUGUCCAGUCUGGAGUUGAUGAAGGAGGGAUUGGAUUAUUACGCACGGUAUUUGCGUGACGAUAAGGAAAUGACAAAGAAAUGGGCCCUCAGUGAAGUUCUGCAGUAUGUGAGUGCUUCCGAAGCGGGCUUUGCUUUGCUGAAAUCGCGCGAGCGAUGGUCUAUUCCCGCUUUGAUGGAGUGCUUGAAAAACGAGUUUUCUGAUGAUAUUCGUAAUGAUUUAUGUGGGCUGUGCUUUAAACUGAGCACACUACCGGAAGAGUCGAACUUGUUGUGCCAGAAAAUUUUGGAAUUUGUGCGACGACAGCUGAGCGGACUGAAUGUUGGACGUAUUUCCGAAGAAGUUGUUCUGCUAUACGAAAAAUCGUUGAUAUCGUUCCAGAAAUUUGCAUAUAUGGUUAUUGAAUUAACCGACUGUGCGCCUGGCCAAAUAAGCAAAAGGCGCUACACCUGACGACAACCGGCAUACUCAACCCAUCGUUGCCGGCGCAGUUUGCCACCAGUAUAUGCCUUCUUCUGGAAGAUAAAGUGUCAAAGAAAUUUUCUGAUUCCAUCGUUCAGUUGGCUGUCAUUAUUAUUGGAGCACUACAGCAUCGUAACGCGGGAAAUGUCCAACAGCCAGAUCAAAUCGUACAUUUAUUUUGUGACCUUUGCCAGCGCACCGGAUUAAGUCCUGCCACGAAAGCCUAUCUUGUACUAUACAUUUCGCUGUUUAGCCUACAGUUAGAUAGCACCGCUCUUCGUAAUCGAGCAGUUAUUACUCUCAGAAAUGUUCUGGACAAAAUUAAUACACCGCGAGAAUAUCAAGCCUACCAGAGCUUUAUGCUAAUUGACGACACCAUCGCCAACAAUCAAGCACAGCUGGAAGCGCUGCGAUUUAUUUCUAGUUGUGUCGAUAAGCACGAUGACCAACCAGUAUCCAGUAUUCGCCCACGACCGCGUCCAAGUUCCUUGGCGGGAGAUCCGUCCUCAAUAUUGCCUUCAAACUCAUUGUCAGAGUCAGAGACGACCCGAACAGAACCCUAUCCCGAUGCAUCACUUCCCUUCGAGUAUCGCUCAUUUCACUGGGAUGUGGCCCAACCUAGUACCGCGCAAAUUCCUGUUGCUAAUCCGUGGGAACCGGGUUCGUACGCGUCAGGCUGGACGCCUACACCGGUCGUUAGCCAUCAACUUUUGACACGUAAUCAGAAUUUUUACCCACCGAAUGCGCCGAGUUCCGCCGGUUCCAUUGCGUACGCAGCUGGACCACCGGGGUGGACUCCGUCCAGUAUUUCCACGGCUACCAGUGCUGAUGUGUCCCAGUCCGGCAGUGGGUUUUUGGGUUGUUCCAGUGCGGAUGCGCUGUCCAAUCCUUGGGGCAACCAGAUCCAAAUGGAUUCGUUUGCGCCGAUAACAGGUCCGACAAUCUCAGGAGAUAAUCAUGGCGACCCCGUUCCGAAUACGUUUGAGCCUCCUGGAAAAAUGGCACUAGCUCUAGUGCCAUAUGUGCCUGCAGACAGUACCGGAACCGAUGCCCCGGAACUAUCUGCGUACGGCAACAGCGGCCAUAUGCAUCCUGAAUUUGAUCCUCUUCAUCCAGCUGCUGCCGUCAACGCGUCCAACUUGUCCCCUGAUCGUGCGUAUUAGGUCAAUCUUAUGGAUUUCGAAGCAGCGUCGCCUGACUUCCGAUCGCUAUGUCGAAAAGAACAUUCCACAGACAGCUCGGCUAACCACAACGCACGUCUAAUGCAUCCUCCGCCUCUUCCAGCCAGACCAGCCAACAUAACAGCCGGACUGUCCGGACAGGAUGUAUCUCGGAAACGCACACCGCCGCCGCCUCCCCGAUCCGGAUGGAGCUUUACAAAUCCCUGGCGCCAGUUCGACUUACACAGCGUAAUCCAGGGUCUGAACCUAACAAAUAAUGCGGCCAGUGCCGACGACAAAAAAGCUAACGGUUGAAGCCAAUCUCAUAACUUCGGAGCAAAAGGCCUCUUUUUGUAAAUUUUUUUGUUUGUGGUUUGUGUAUCUACAUCAGGAUGUUGCUAUAAGGACUGACGAAAUGACCUUUGUCCUUUGUGCCCGGUUUGCCGCCAUUUAAGAUGAUCCAUCACGACGUGCCUUGUCAAGGUAUCAAUUUGUUACAAUUAUCAAUUCCACAAACCGGCUGCACUAAAGAAAUCUGUUUACUACUAAAUUUACGAAAUGACUUUAGUAAUUUCAUAUUACUAGAACACAGAUUCAUUUCGAUUUGGAAUUGGCGGUUUUUUUCUGUAAGGCUUUUGCAGGUUGUUUCAUUUUCUUUGUUUGUUCGUAGAGUUUUCUUGUUGUGUAACCACGCCAAAAUCGCUGUAUUAGCAAUGCUGCCGCUGUUCUCUUCUCAUGUAGUUGCCCAAUUCUGAGUUUUUGUUCGACACGGGAAUUGUGAUCGGCCAAAAGUAUUGCGUAUUCUUUUCCGACAAUAUUUAUUUCUGUCGUUUUCUGCGUUUCGAGAUUAUGUGCCGCGGACUCCAAAUCACCUGUUACUUGAUUGAACUCUUCCUGUCAACAACAAAAUAAUGCGAACGA